CCUCUUCAUUGCGACAGUGGUGUGCACGGAAGGCUCUCUUGAUGUCGCUCGUCCUACGGCCGUCUGAGCAUCAAGUGCAACGUGCUACUUUGGCACUGCUCAACAGGCGACGUUUCAGAAUGAGCGAAGAUGGCUAUUGUAUCCUGUGUGUCCUCAGAUGGCACAAGCGGCCACGCGCAACGAAGGAAGCCGGCACGGGAUCGAAAGCGAGGCGAAAUAUGGUUCAGGGUGGCUCAUCCCACUCGGUCCUCAAAUCCGCACGGGAAUGGCGUCCUCGCCUACGCGAAGUACAUGAGAUGAAGUCGUCGGUCAUAUCCCUCGGACUCUCUGCCUAUGUUCAUGGAUUGAACGGCUAUCGCGUUAUCGAACAGGUUCCGUAUAAUGACGGAACCAGAAGGCAAAGGGACCUGUGCAGUAUCACGUUUAACGUGGCGUUAUCUCAAGCGAAUGAGGGGAACUUUCGCGGAGCGGACCUACCAGCCUUCGUCUAUCUGGCCUGCCAGGCGCUCCCGGAAGACCUUCAUAUUCACGUUCAUCUCGUAGGGUUGAGGAGUUCGGACUUGCGGCAAGGUGUAUCGUUAGGUGGCGGUUGUGUCACGAAGGGUGAUCUCGCGCGAAGGAUCGCGAUGGAAGUGACUGCGAUUUUGGACACCAUCAAACGGAGUAGUCAGAUCCAGUACGAGGGCAGGGAUGUGAGCUUAGAGGACUUGUUCCUAGUGGACGUGGUCCAGAAAUCCCCCAAGUAUGUCCAGCCGACUCUCGCGUUGCGCGUUGUUCCGCAGUGGGAUGGCCACGCACCGGGAAGCCUAAACCCAGUCUAA